AUGAGACUCGUCUGCGAUGACGGAUUGCAUGUCACCGCUCACCGCUGCGUGAUCGCACUUGCUUCGCCGGUGCUCUCGCAGCUGCUCUACGGCAACAUGCCGCCGCCAUCCUCGGACGGCUUCGCCGCAAACCUACAGCUGCCCGGGAAGCAGAGCAAAGCGGUUCAAGAGUUUGUUGCGUGGUGCUACACUGACCAGAUCGCUCCCUCGUGCGACCCAGUCGCACUGCUGCACCUCUCGGAAGAGUGGGACGCCCCAUCCCUCAAGGCUGGACUUGAGCCGCUUUUGAUGGAUGGCAUUUCGAAGCUGACGUGCGUGGAUGCGCUGCUCUGGGGCCUCGAGUUUCAGCUCGCCAAGUUGGCUUCCGCCGCGCGAGUCACGAUUCUGGCAGAGUACACUCACGUCGCUGGCCUCCAAUCGUUUGGCCGAUUGCCCUUUUCAGAGUUGCGCGGCAUGCUACAGGAUGACAAGCUGGUGGUGCCGUCGGAGAUGGUGGUGUUCGAAUCGGUGGCCAGCUGGUGCGGGCAGCAGUCGUCAGCAGUCGACACCUCUGACGUCGUCCAGCUCCUCGCCUGCGUCCGCUACGCUUCGAUGGAGACGGCUUUCCUCCGCGGGACCGUUGCAGUACACCCCCUACUUACUCGAUGCGACGCAGCAGGCGAGCACGUGUCAGACGCGGUGCUGCAUAUUGCGGAGGAGGUGGACGCCGCCGCCGCGGUCAGCGUGGGCUCAAAGCGCCCGCGUGAGACGUCUAUCCGUCCUUUGCCCUACAAGAAGCGUGCGAGGCUCACGGGCGAGUUCUGCACGUCGUCGGCCUCGCGGCCGUCCGUCAGGCUCGCCAUUGCCUCUUCGGACGGCGUGCGGCUAGACUUUGAUGCGGCCGACGCCUCGCCGCGCGCUCCAGGCUACUUUUACUGGCUCGGCACCUGUGCAGGCACGCGUGAGUGGACGAACCCCGCUCAAGAAGGCGAGAUGGAGGUCAAGCUGGCCAACGAUUAUGAAAAACGCACCUUCGUUGACGAGCACCUCGUCCUCCUCCCGUUUGACAACACUGAUCCAGAACGCGACAUAUACGCGACCCUCACGUCGCGGGAGAAGGACCGGCAUAACUGCCCUAUCUCGCACCUACAGUUUCAGCUGCCGCACCGCUUUGUCCUCACGGGAUACGCAUUCACGAUUCUCAGUCGACAUGAGGACGAGGACAGCGAUAGCGACGAACACGUGGGAUCAACAAUCACUUGGGACGUGCUGACGUCAAAGGACGGCAACUGCUGGAAGAAGCUUGUGCGCAAGCAGGAGGCCACUCAAAGCACGGACCCCUUUGACGAGGUUCUAUCGCGCUGCGUGACCGGAGCGGAGGCCCCGACCUUCUUUCCGAUCCCCGUCGACAAGGUCGACACAUCGGGCAGCCGCUUCUUCCGCUUCCAGGCUCGACAUCCAAACUAUUUAGACAUUUGGCGGGUCGAGCUGUACGGCUCAUCCCUGAGCUCCGACCAGUAA